ACAGGUCAGGGCAUGAUGGCGAGCGAGAGGGGAAGAUAAGUUUCACAUUAUUUUCAUCUGGAGAGCAGAGGGAAAAACAACAUUUGGGUAUUUGGGACAUUUACACACUCCGUUUCCGGCUGUUAUUGUGUUGAAGUGUGAAGACCUUUUAAAACACGCUUUAUUGUGAAGUUCUACAUUCCAAGACACCGGAAACUGCGGUGUCGCAACUGGGUGAAAAUAACUUUCACUCUGGAAUUCUUGUGAAGUGUGUGCAAACGCACCUGUCGCUUCACGUUCGCAGGUACUGCGGGGAGUUUUGUUUUAAAAGUUUUAAGGUUUUACCUUCCCGACUCUACAUUUCGGGAAUGACAACACCUUACAUCGACCAGAAAAGUGACCGUAUAAGUUACAUGGCGGCCGCAUACCUGUGAGUUACAUGCUGUCGUGAAAAUGGUUCGUCGCUUCUUCCUGGCCUGGUGUGUCCUUACGUCCUGCGUAGUUUCUGGACAGCCUACAUAUGUCCUCCAAGGGCAGACCUUCCAACUGCGACCACCAGAGAUCCCUGGACAACCCGAUGAAAUUCUGUGGAAACACAAUGGCAACAAAGUGGUGGAAUUUAAUGGCAAGGAAGAGGACGUGUACGGCAAAUAUCAACGCAGAGUCAUUCUCGACUGGGUCACUGCAGAACUAGAUAUCACAGACGUCACAUCUGAAGAUAGUGGAGAAUAUGAAUUGGAAGCGUACAGGGAAAAGCAGCUGUAUCAUUUUCGCUAUGAAUUACAGGUCAUAGACAGGGUUGCCAAGCCUACCAUUUCCUGUAACAUGAGUAAUGGCAGCUCUAAUACACAUGGGACCCAGGCAACGCUGACAUGCUCCGCAGAACCCACACACCCUCGGUCCAUACUGAAGUAUGAGUGGCAAUCACGUGGAAAUGUGCUGCCGGGCCCAAAGUUAACAAUAAAUUUGGAGGAUGAAGAUGCUGAUCAAAUACAUACUUGCGUGGUGAGCAACCCUCUGACAAAUGAAAAGGCUACAUUCACAUCAAAGAGCUGCUACUCUGAUUCACCUGUAGCCCUGGUUGCCAGCCUUGUCACUAUCUUUAUUGUGCUCGUAUGUGUGGUGUUGGCCAUAGUGUUCUGCAAACUAAAGAGAAAAGCUUGUUUUGCUAAAACAAAAACAACAACAAACAAAGAUGAGGAGCAGAGGUCACCAGCAGAAUCAAAGCAUCUGUUGGACCAAGCAUCCACACUCCCCUCUCAUCAACCACUUGAACGUCUCCAAGGUGACGGUAAUAUGCAAGCUGGUGUUACCAGUCACAAUAAAGACAAGGACAAUGGACACAGACAUGUAGAAGGUCAUAACAUGGAUUUACAAGAUGAGACACCAAAAAAAGGUCAUGUCAAAGGAUGCGUAGCUAUAUUUAAUUCAAAGAGUAAUGGACAAUCUUCACCUUCAGACACACAUAGAGGUUUAGGUUUAGAGAAGAACACAGACCAGGAUGAGGGAGCUGUAUCUUCUCCAUCCCCUCUUGGUAGAAAGCUGGAUCAGGACAGUUCCAUCAGCAAAGACAAAGCAGAUGUCAACGAAGAUCAGUUGAGAAGAAAUUUAGGGAACGAGAUGGAACCAAACCCAGCUGAAUCAAAGCCUCUGUUGGACCAAGCAUCCACACUCCCCUCUCAUCAACCACUUGACCGUUUCCAAGGUGACGGUAAUAUGGAAGCUGGUGUUACCAGUCACAAUAAAGACAAGGACAAUGGACACAGACAUGGAGAAGAUCAUAACACAGAUUUACAAGAUGAGACACCAAAAAAAGGUCAUGUCAAACAACAAGUUGAUAAAUUUACUCCAAAGAGUAAUGGACAAUCUUCACCUCCAGACACACAGAGAGGUUUAGGUUUAGAGAAGAACACAGACCAGGAUGAGGGAGCUGUAUCUUCUCCAUCCCCGCUUGGUAUAAAGCCGGAUCAGGACAGUUCCAUCAGCAAAGACAAAGCAGAUGUCAACGAAGAUCAGUUGGGAAGACAUUUAGGGAACGAGAUGGAACCAGACCCAGCUGAAUCGGAGAAAAAGGAAGAUGAAAAUGAAGAGGCAGAGUCUCCUCCUGCAAAGGGCAAUUCUCCUCCCACUGCUGAUAAGUGUCCACCUUUGACCCAAAGCUCUCCCGAUAUGAGAACUAGGGAAGGUGCCAACUCAGACCAGGUUACUGAUGAAACUUCAGAGGAAAAUGUCAGAGAGUCUCACUCAACAGGCUCGGUGAAGAAGCAGCCAUCAUCAAGAGGAUCAGAAACUGCUUUACAUGCACAAGACCCAAACUUGUCUCAGGAUGAAAUGCACACAAGUAAAGACGACCAGGGAGACUUGGACAAAGCACUUUCUAAAGAUGAAAGUGAAUCAGAUCAUAAAAGUAAUCCGAAGGUGGAAGAAAUGGAUUCAGAGGAGGAUCUGUAUUUAGAUGCCUCUCAGCAGCCUCAUCAGAGUCCCACACAAACAGAACCUGAUGACUCUAAAACUCUGAACAAUGAGGCCCAUGCAGAUCCAGAGCAAGGACCAGAAAAUAUGAGAAGGCCCAAGUCGGAGGAGUCCGAGGAACAAUCAGCCUGCGACACAGCAGAUUUAGAAAAGGGUGAGGGUGAAGGUGAAGAUACAGCUGAGGAAAACAAAAAGGACCAAUGCGGCCCAAAGGAAGAAAAGACAGGCAGCCUCAACAUGAGUGAGGAUAAAGAGAGAGAAAUGAAAACUGAAAUUGACGACUAGGUGUUCGCACAACAAGAAAAAAAUGAUGUCAAAGUUAGCACUGAAGAAGAGCCUCAGAAAACAAAGGUCGACAUUCAACUGAAAAAAGGAGAAGGUACAAGGUUGACUGAAAACCGAUGUAUCUUUAUCUGUUUUUAAGAGUCACAAUUCAAAUCAGUAACAGUUGUUGGUACCAUACUAAAUCCACGGAUGAUAUAAUGUUAAGAUUCUGAGCAUUCAGAGGAAAACAUAAGUAACAGAGGAAUGAAAUGUUUUUUUAUACAGUUGCCUUCUAUUUUAUUUUUGUAAUUUUCACCAUGUCUCUAGAUUCCAAAGAACAAACACACCUCUGCAUUAAGCCUCCUCGCAGAUAAUGUAAAGGACAACAAAUAACACAAACACAGGGGCAGGACUGUUCUGAGGAAACACAAGUUUUAUCAUACCAUUUUAUUCUUGUAAAAAAAUGUAAUGUUUUUAAACACUAUCCACUGAUCUUUUGAUCUGAUAAUAUAUAAGGGCUGGGUGUGUUUUUCAGCACUGAUUAUUAUUAAUUGUUUGUAAUUUUGAUUCAGAACAGUGCCACUAUAGUUUCUAUUAAGAAACCACAUACACAAAUAUACUGCUGUCUUUUUUUGACAGCCUAAGAAGAGGUAAUGUGUAGAUUUGCAUAACACUGACAAUCUAUUACUGACAGACAAUAAAACACUCAUUGCUCAUGUAUUUGUCAUUAUAUUUUUAUGUCAAUAGGGGGCAGUGUUUGUCAGUCUUUAUAUCCACUCACUUGCAGAUUUUUGGGCUAUUAGUCCUUUUUAGCUCCUUCAUCUGUUGCAGUUGAGGGACCUUUUGGUUGUAAAGGCUGAGUUAACAAAUACAAAGUAGAAAAUAUAAUUCUGAAGUGUCGGUCUUCAGGAAUUUACUGCUGAAGCAAUGGUGCAAUGAUCUGUCUGUUAUUUGUUUCUUGUAUUCAGGACAGCGUGUUUUAAUAUACAAUCAUUUUGUAAGGAAUGUUUCAUUUGGAAAUCAUUCAAGGACACAAUUAAGAGAAGCUUGUUUUAAUAAAAUUAGUCUUAUUGGACACAG